AUGCGAGCUCUGGGGGUUCUGCCUCUGCUGUUGUGUGCAGUGGUGUGUGUGGUCCAGGUGAGAGCGGAGGUGAAGGCAGUGAAGCUGUGCGGUCGUGAGUUCCUAAGGGCUGUCGUUUACACCUGCGGAGGCUCCCGUUGGAGAAGAUUCCUUAGUGAUUCAGACAUGGAUGGUUUGCCCACAGGGGAGCAGACCAGUUUGGAGAGCCUGAGCAGCAGCAACCCCGGCUCUGAGUUGACCAAACGGGAUAUUAAUAACAUACUGACCACCGUGUGCUGCCAGGUGGGCUGCAGGAAGAGCGACCUCACCUUCCUCUGCUGA